AUGUCCACGUGGAAAUCGAGGCUCACCAAAAGCCUGAAGCUCCCUUCUCGAAGGAUGCACUCCUUCCCGUGCUCUGCUCUGCUGGCCUGUUUUGGGAACACCAGGGAAAAUGCUACCUUCGAUCAGUCCAGCUCGAUGGAUACUCACUCCGCCAUCUAUGUCCAGCCCAUGGCCAAAGCAGGCAGACAUCCAAGUCACCCGAAGGCAGAAGAAAGAGCUCCAGAGAAAAGGCGAGAUUCCAGCACACACUCGGAGCAAAACGGCACCGCGAACGGCAGUAACAGCAAACACACUGCUGUCCAGCCUGCAGAGACCCCUGAGGAUUUGCCCAGGUCCCUGAAUGACGAACCAGACCAUGAAGCUGUUACUUUCCAGACGUCCAUCCCUAGACCAUCAAUUAUUGACAUGCCAAAGGAGGAAGAACCCCCUCAAAAGCGUGAGUGCCCUGAGCUGGAACAGAAGAUGCUAUCAGACAGCCCACUUGAGGAUAUUGACCCCAAGGACUCCUGUCUCAUUCCAAGAAACAUUAUGGCCGAGCCAGACUACAUAGAAGAUGACAAUCCUGAGCUAAUUAGGCCCCAGAAGCUAAUCAAUCCUGUCAAAACAUCCCGAAAUCAUCAAGACCUCCACAGAGAACUUCUUAUGAAUCAAAAAAGGGGUCUUGCCCCUCAGAAUAAACCAGAACUACAGAAGGUGAUGGAGAAGAGAAGACGAGACCAAGUGAUCAAGCAGAAGGAGGAAGAAGCUCAGAAGAAGAAAUCUGACCUGGAAAUAGAACUGUUAAAGCGGCAGCAGAAGCUGGAGCAGCUUGAACUGGAGAAGCAGAAAUUACAAGAAGAGCAAGAAAAUGCCCCAGAGUUUGUGAAGGUGAAAGGCAAUCUCAGGAGAACGGGCCAGGAGGUGGCCCAGGCCCAGGAGUCCUAGGCCCAAGCUGUGUGACCUGGUGUGCCCCCCACCAUUUCUGUAGGAGCCCUGUCUAGGCGCCUCUACAGUGCUCCUCUUGGGCCAAAGUCCUGAGGAAGAGAAUCCAGACAGCUGAGAAUUUUUACUAUCAAAAAAGAUUGUGUUUGAUUUACCAUUGUGGUAGAUGAGUCUUCUUUGAUGGUUGCAAUUCCCAUUCGCCAAAUGAAAGACAUCGACCAGCACACAAGAUACCACAGACCUGUGUUUAGAGACUUUAGACAAGGAAAACCACAAAAGAAGCGAAGAGAACCAGGACCGUGUGCAAGGGUUGCACUACUCGGCCCUUCCAUCCAUCCAAGUUAAGCAGGACACAGAGCCUUCUUUGUUCCUUUGAAAAACUAAGCAAAUUCCUUGGAAUCCCCUCCUUGGGUUAUCUGUUAGAUUUUUGAUUGCAUCAAAAUGUAUUUUAUCUGUUACAUCCAGUAUUUGUAUUUCAUUUUGAGAACCCAGAAUUCCUCCCCCCCCAACACAUUACAAAUGAAGACUGGAGGCUAUUACUGUUUGUGUUUAGUCAUACCUAUUACUUUGGUUGACAUUGAAGUUCAGAAAAACCUGUCAUGAACUUGCUCUAAUUCCCUUGGGUUCUUGGUGUGACAGCAUGGCAGAUGCCACCUUUCCACUUCUAAGAAGGUACACACAUCCUGUCCAUUCCUUCCCUGCUUUGAUAACCAUAGGCUUUCCAUUCAGUUUUAAUUUGUCAUUUCUUGCUCAACUAUUUCUUUCAGUUGAAACAAUUUCCCAGUUCUUUGUCAGAUGAAACUAGAGUGUGUAACUCAACUUCUGUGUCCCAUAGAGAGAGACCAGAUCUUUUGAGUUCUCUUGAGAGCAAGUAGAAGGGUGUCCAUUAGGACUGGGUGACGAGGCCUUUAGAGAUUGUAUGUAAUGCAAAUAGAGAUCUGUUUCUAGGAGACUUUAGGGGAAGGCUUUAUACAUUUGACAUUUUGAAUAUUUUAGACUUGAGCUUUGAACAUCUCUGGCAAAGUUUCUUUCCCUUUUGUUUCUUAUGAAGAACGACCAUCUUGGCGCUCUCUUGGCAUGAUGCUGUUGGAAGGGAUGGUCCUGACUACUGUGUUGCAUCUCUCAGGAAAAGCUGAGGUGCUGGGCAGGGCUGCUCAGUUUCCUCUUGCUAGCUAGCAUGCUGUUCAAAGAGACACCUAAGUUACAAAUAAUAUGAAAGUUCUCAUGCAAAAUAUAUUUUAUACUACAGGCAUGGGAGUUUUUUUUCUUUUUUGUAUUUAGUACUUCUCCAUAGAGAUGAUUUAAUCAGUAAUUUCUACACUGAAGACUUCUGUUUCCUUUCAUGAUGCAUAGAAUACCAGAUGUAGUGCUUUGGAAGACUUGAUUAGCACACUAGCUGCUAGUCUUGUCUGGUGGUUAACAGGCCCACAUUCCCUUCAAGUAUGAAUAAGUAACUGGAUGCUGAUUCAGUGCUAGACAAGAAUCAUGAGAGCUGAUUAUAACAGAAAGGAUUCUUGGUCCUAUCAGCAAGUGCUAUCUAAAUAAAAUAUGAGAUGCUGAAGAUAAGAUGGUUUGCCCUUGAGGAUUGGUACGGUGACUACUCUGUCAUCUUCCUUCCCUUUGAGAAAAGAAAGUUCAUUCACUGAUUACUGAAAUAAACCUCUCCAAUGCACAUUGCUUAUUCUUUCUCUGUGCAUAUGGAGUAAUGAUGUCGGGUGGUCAGGUGACCAUUUGGGGCAAUUAGACCUUUUUAUCUACCUGGAAGUUAGCUCUGGAGAUGUUCUGCUACUUGGCAGGAUCUUCAAGGGCCAUCGCCAGCUUUCAUAGAAGGGCUGGUGCUGUUCAUAAGACCAAGGGACUCUAUACCACCCGGGGAAAAGUUAGUUACAAACAGUUGCUUCCUGGUUGCACGCAGACCUACAAUCUUCCUUGGUAGUUAGUGCUACAGUGUCUAGCCAAAAGAAGACUUGUACAUAACAUGAAGUGAUGGCUUCUGCUAGGUCUCAGAGCAUCCGGGUAGUGGGGCCUUUAGGAAUCUGCUCGACUUCCGCUCAUUGAGGAUGCCGUCAGUCACUCAUUUUUUGCACUUAACACUGUGUAGUCCAAACUCCGAGGACGAGUCACCCUCUGAGCAGUGUCGUGCUUUGAGCCACUUAUGGGGGGAAAAGGCUCCAUUUUUCCACUCUGUAGUUUUCUUAAAAAAAUAGUUCUGUGUUUUGUAGUCUCCUGCUAGUAAAGUAGCAUUGCUUUCUAAGCUAUACCAGUUGACUUUAUUCUUCUACUCCAAGAAUCUCAACCCAUUUGAGUGUACAUAAUAUAUAUAUAAAGGGGGCCUUAAUGGAUUUGUUUUCAUAAUUUAAUAUUUUUUGUAUUUGCUCUUGUAUAAUUUUUUUUUAAUGGAAAGUAUUACAGAAUCGAGGGUGGAAUUCUUAGAACCAAAGUUAUUCUUAAUAAAAAUCACCAAUGCUUGGACCACGCA